GUCUAGUCUCUCUGUUGAGGUACACGCGGAUUGACCACACCUUUGGGCUUUUUUUUUCCUUGGAUAUUUAGGGGGGAAAGCUAAUCCACAAACAUGACUGACGCGCAACAAGAGGCCCGCUCCUACCUGAGCGAGGAAAUGCUGGCUGAGUUCAAAGCCGCCUUCGACAUGUUUGACACCGACGGUGGCGGUGAUAUCAGCACCAAGGAGUUGGGUCAAGUGAUGAGGAUGCUGGGUCAGAACCCGACAAGAGAGGAGCUGGAUGAGAUCAUCGAGGAGGUCGAUGAGGACGGUAGCGGUACCAUUGACUUCGAGGAGUUCUUGGUCAUGAUGGUGAGGCUGCUAAAGGAGGACCAGGCCGGCAAGAGCGAGGAAGAGUUGGCAGAAUGCUUCCGUGUGUUCGACAAGAACGGUGACGGAUACAUCGACAGAGAGGAAUUCGCCGUCAUCAUCCGCAGCACCGGCGAGCCCAUCACAGAGGACGAGAUUGAUGAGCUGCUGAAGGAUGGAGACAAAAACGCUGAUGGCAUGCUCGACUUUGACGAAUUCCUCAAGAUGAUGGAGAAUGUGCAGUAAAACCUGAAAGACUCAUGGACAUUCCUCCUUCCCUGUUACACUCAAACCACCCCCUUGCUCCCCGUCCUCCUUCCUGUCCACCUCAAUUCACCGCCUGUCUUCUCCAUCCUUGUAGACAUCCUCAACAGAGAGCUAGGACAAACAAUGGUGGGUCGCUGGCUGGGUUACACCUUUUCCCAGUGCGCUAGAAGAAAGCCCAUGGAUGCAAUGUGGAAAUUAGGUGCACAUGUUGUGUUAUCAUCAGCGACUCACCCUCCUGCUGGUUAAGCUCUGAUCUAGAUGCAGUCUAGAUAGAAAGGCAGCCUGUGACCUGCUGCUUAGACCAAUUAAUACAACCACGUCACUGUACAAAGUAAUUUGCUUUAACAGAAUAAAUUAACUAACACAUGCUCA